AAUCUUGAGCCUUGUGAGUUUCCGUCGCGGCCUCUGCCGGCUGAGUUUCUGUAUCAGGCUAGUCAGCGCUUGCUCUCAGUUCUUUUCCAGCCUGAGUGACUCUACUUCUUUCCCUGCAACCAUUAUGUCUCGGAUCCUCAAAUCGGUGGAUUACGAGGUUUUCGGCCGGGUUCAAGGGGUUUGCUUCAGAAUGUACACAGAGGAUAAAGCUAGAAAAGCAGGUGUAGUUGGCUGGGUUAAAAAUACCAGACAAGGAACAGUUACUGGACAAGUGCAGGGUCCAGAAGAAAAAGUGAAUGAGAUGGUUCCCCAACCCCUGGGCCACAGCCCACUACAAGGCCUUGAGUCAUUCAGAACUGGGCCAUGAAAAUAUCGGGUGAGUGUGCAGAUCCUCACUUGCGCAAGCAGUGGGUGAACAUAUGCAUUUGUGUUCCAUUUGCAUGAGUAGCAGAAAUGGAGCUUUGCGCGCGCCUGCUUGCCCUCCAAUCAUGUGGAUUCAUCCUUUCUCCUCCACCUGUCCACAAAGCCAGGUUGGGAAACACUGCUUUAAGAGAGAAAAGGACCACAUUUGUGCUGAAGGGAGAUAAAAGAAAUGCUGAAGGCAAAGGGUGUGCUGUUGGUGGAAGAAAGAAAGGAAAUUAUUGUAAUGGAAUGUGUGAAUGACCUUGGGUGUCCAGGGGAAAAGAAGCUACCUAGGAAACAAUCAGACAAGAAAGGAAGGAGCCCCCAGUGGCUUAAUGGGUCAGAGAAAAAAACUUAGGAAAGAGCCACCCUACCUGAUUAGUUAAAAGUGAGAUGGGAAGUCUGUACCUUCAGACCUGCACAAAAUGUAAUGUGGUAAAGUAGUAAUAGCUCAUCUAGCUGUGUUUACUGUCUGGUUAACCUGGAAGGGCUGACAAUUGUAUUGGAGAACUAAAGCCAAUUGUAUGUGAAGGAGGCGAAACUAAAGUAGUUGGUGAAGUGAGCAACAAGACUCUGAAAUUAUUAUAGCUAUGAAAGUAGUAGCAGAGCCUUAUAACCUCCCAACCUUUCCAGAAAUGCAGACAAGCUAC